CUUUUUUCUUUAAGCUGAUUCUCUUCCCUCUCUCCUACCUUCUAUAAAACCAAACUGGACCGUCCUCCGCCUCUUCUUUCUGCAUCGACCUCUCUUCUUUCGUCUCUCUUAGCAAUACACACACACAGAUAUACUUGAGAAGUUCUCCUUUGGAGAAGCGUUGUACAGUUGAGUUCUAAGGAAUUUUCUUCACAGUUUAGAGCGAGAUUUAAAAGGGGGAAAAAAAAAAAGAUGAACCAGUGUGCGAUCCAUCCAAGCGCUUUCUCUACUUGCGAAGAGAUAAGGAGUCCCGUCUCGGACCGGAGAGAUUCGGUUGUUUGUCCUAAACCGAGACGUCUCGGACUGUUGAACGUCACCGCUAACGACCACCCUGUCAGGUCUCUCAGAUGGCAGAUCAGCCACCAAGCGGAGCUUUGUGAUUCAAAAGCAGGAACUGAUCUUUUGGAAAUAAUCCUGACAAAGGGUGGUUGUGGUGUGGAACAAUCCUAUACACAAGUAGCCUCGUCGCCCCCUUUUUUUUGCGGGUCGCCGCCGAGCAGAGUAGCUAACCCAUUAAUUCAAGACGCUCGAUUUGGGGAUGAGAAAUUCUCCCCUAUAUCGCCACUCAUGCCCAUGCCGAUUCUUCCUCCUUCGGGUUUAUCAUCAUCUCCGACUUCCUCUACAAGGAAAGGAGGCUGCGUUCGGUCAAAUUUUGGAAACAAACCAGCAGUGAGGGUCGAGGGGUUUGAUUGCUUGGACAGGGAUAGCAGGAAUUGCAGCAUCCCUACUUUAGCAUAGAAAACCCCAUUCAAUUAUACAAAAAGGUACAUAGUUUAAAAAAGAGGAGCUAAACAAACAAUCCGUCGAACAACUUUUGCAGUGAGGAAUUUUGAAAUUCUCAUGAGAGGGAAAAGUGAGGGCAGCUUUCGCUAGUGUAAAUAUUAAAUAUGCUGUAAGGGUUCUUUUGUAUGUAAUUAUGUGUCUCUGCAAGUCAUAAUCAGUGUGUGUUGGCAAAAAUAAUUAAGGGUUAUUAGAAUUUUGUGUUUUAGGAAGAUCAGUAGGAGAUGGGAUUGAGUUGAGCAGAGAAAACACUCAUGUUCCACUCAAUCCUCUGUGUUAUUAUAGAAAGUAAUGAGAGUUUCAGGCAAGAAUGUGAAAAUUUUUCUUUUUGCAUCUUUUUGGGUCUUGGAGUUGAAAUCAGCGGCUUAUGAAGGGAAAUCUGUACAGAAAUCAAGUCGGCAUGGAGUCUCUAAUGUAGUCAUUUACAAUGUAAAUAUUACCCUUUUUUAAAUUUUUGUUAAAUGGAAUGAUUCUGUUUUGUUGUCCAA